AUGGCCCGCCGUUCCCUGCUUUUUGUCAUCUUUCUGGGCCUUUUGGUGACCUUGUCUCAAGCUAAUAUUCUAGGCGACGCUCACCUUUUGAAAAGAUAUCCCCAGGUGUAUGGUGUGUCACCAGUUUCUACUCAUUCUGCCAACGAUGUUCUUCCAGGUCAUGGCAAUGCCACCAGAACUUCGAUUCGCAGUCUCCUCCCAGCCUCUACACUUCGAAUGAUCGAUGGCACUUCGUUUAGCUCAACUUCUCUGUUCGAGAGUACUAGCCUCGAGACAGAAACCAAGACCAAUGCUUAUAUUGAUCAUGGCACUUCCGAAGUUCUCAGCCAAACAACCGAGAGUAUCUCGGACCCCGUCUCUGAUGACCAGGGCAUUUCUGCCACUUCCAUUGAGCUCGACUGGACGGGAUUACUUCCCGUCACUCCUUCCACCGGGGAACCGUUCUUCAAAACGACGCGUCUGUCAACUGGGCAAGUCCCAGCUACCACGGACCCUAUCACUGGCGUCACGCCAGAACCUAACACAUCCUACAAUGCUGGUAGUAGCAGGGCCACUGAACCAACUACUACAGACAUCUCCCUUCUAAUAACUUCAUUUACUAAUUCGGACACUUCUGUCGCGCUUCCGGAAAAUUCUAAAACUUCCAGAAGUGGAGUUGAGUCCAAAGAGCUCGGUACCGCUGACAAGACGACAAUGUUUCCAAGCGAAACUUCGCAGGCUUUCCAGGACUCAACAAGCCUAUCAUUCACAACACUACCAGACCAAACAAGUGGUACAUGGGACUCAACAACUACUACGAUUCAAUCCGAUGAUGAACUGGAUAGUACAGGCCCAUCCUCUGAAUCCCUGAUUGUAUCUGAUGGAGCUUCUCGGACCCUUGGAAGUUCGCAGCCAACCAUGGAAUCUGGCACGAACGUAUUGGAAAAUACAAUGACUCUGACAGACACGGCAAAAGGCCCUCCGCCCUCGACUACACUUGAUAAAACCGAGCCAGUCACAAAUUCCAACACCAAGUCCUUAACUAGUGAAAAGGCGUCAGAAGCCACCAACCUACCCACAGCGACAAGUAGCGUAGUCUCCUCAACUAUGACAAAGGGAGAUGGUAUUGUCACAGGGAUGGAUGGUACGGUGGCAACAUAUGUUCCUGAGCAGAAUAAAGACUACAUCUCAUCCACUGGCACGACUACCACUACAGAUGACAAUGGAGCCGCCAUUGUUAUCUUUCCAUUCGGCUGGUUUUGGAAGCUUCACGGUGGUAGUGGAGGUGGUGCCGUAGCAAAGCCUCCUGCGCCGACUGCCAACCCUGUACCGGGAAAUGAACCUGGGGACAAGAACGAAGACGACGGUGAUGACGACGACGCCUCAACUAAGGAAGACGACAUGCCUACGGUCCAAUCUACGGUACUUUCAACCACUCCAGAGCCAACCUCAGCCACCACCAGCACCUACGAGCAAACAACUUCAGAGGAAUGUACAGCUGCAACACAGCCAGACUGCACAAAGACCAUCUCAUACAUGACUUCGGACGGAACCCAAAUCAUGACCGAAUCUGGUAAUUGUCCAACAAUCGUCAGCUGCGCUACGAAGACUCAGGCCACGGAAACCGUGACUUUGACAUCGGAGUUUAUCUGGGCUGGCGUUCCCAACACCAAUCCCAUAGUCGCAGCUCUGGAAGCACAAUGGGCAGAGAUCUUUGGUGACGAUGAUGGUUGGAAUGAUACUGAGACGUCCACUGUUUCUGGUUCUACAACGGUGGACGAGUCAACCAUGACUGGUCCGACCGAUACAGAAGCAGUCUCUACCGUCACCUCCGAAUCUUCUACGACUGCACACAAUAGCAGUUUGACUUCGAAUACAGAAACAACUGUUUCUUUCACAACAGCCUCCGAUACAUACUCAGUCACCACAGCCCCCAGCACGUUGAUCACCAAGACCAGAGGUACUGGUGAUACUACUGACAUGCCAGCAUCUACCGAUGAAGAAGCGACUCGCGCCUACUACCCAUGCAUCAUCCAUGGCGGCCCUGCAGUUGAGACGCCAUAUUGUCAAUGCUCAACUACAGUUAGCGGUGAGGGAUACUACGCAACGACUACCUUGGUUGACGACCAGUGUGUCGCAUACACAGAGUUUCCAUCGCAAAUCACUGCGGCACCUGAGACUGGUCCCAUUACGGAUGAGCCUAUUCGGCAACCCAUCACGACCACUACAGAUGGUACGGUCUUGGUCUGGUCAGCUUAUGUGCUCGAUUAUAUCAACAUCCCAGGCAUCACAAAGAUCACCCAGUCAGUCGGCGUAGGUGAACCUUCAACAGUGUCUACUCCACUGCCGAGUCAGACUGCUGUUGAUAACGAUGGUGGUGGACAAUGCGGUACCAGCGAUGGUCUAUCUAAGAAGGGGCUUCGUGAGGCUUGCGACAGAGCGAUCGAUAAGUAUGAGGAUGACACUAUACAUAGCGACUAUACUUCUCGCUACAGCCGUUCGACCAAAGGUAUCCUUGUAGCGGCAUCCGUUGGCCAAGCUGCAUGCAUUGCCAAAUUUCAGUGCGACGAUUACGGUAUUGGCAUGAAAGGUUCUGACAUCAAAGAAGCUCGUGAGAGUGCUAAGGCGAAUGACGGUGUUGAUAUCUGUGGACAUGUACGCCUUUCCAACUCAUGUACUAUCAUUAUGGACUACUGUACCAACUGCAAAACUCGAGGCUAG